AUGGAAUCAUUAAAAAAAAUUUUAGGUUUUAGUUUUAUUACACAUUUGGGGAUCGGUGUUAGCAUUCGUGUUCUGCUUGUCCUCUACAGCACUAUUCACGAUAAACGUUUCGAGGUUCCGUACACUGAUAUAGAUUACAAAGUGUUUUCCGACGCUGCCAAACAUGUGUACGAGGGUAACUCGCCAUACUUGCGUCACACAUACCGCUACAGUCCCUUAAUAGCUUUUUUAUUAAUACCAAACGUGUAUUUAGCUCAAUUCGGUAAACUAUUGUUCGUUUUCUUCGACAUCCUUGUGGCUAUAGCCGUGAAGACGGUUGUCGAGAGACAGUUUCAAACGCAUCCUAACGCUUCCAAAAUUUCCACAUUUUCCGCGCUCUACUGGAUCUAUAAUCCGAUGAGUGUUGCCAUAUCCACGCGAGGGAACGCCGAUUCGUUGCCAUGUUUCUUUAUUAUAUUGUCUAUACUGUUUCUUCAAACGGACGUCGUCAAUGGACUAUUAAAAUAUCUAAUUUCUGGCAUCUUCCUCGGUUUCUCAAUACAUCUGCGUCUCUAUCCUUUAGCUUUGUCGUUCCCAAUGUAUCUCUCGCUCGGGGAAUAUAAAAUUAAUCGCCGCACUUCUUUCUCGGACGGCAUUAUUUCUCUUUUGCCGAACAAAAAGCAGAUAGUUUUAACUUUAAGUUGCAUUUUGACACUAUCAGCGCUGACUCUCUUCAUGUAUUAUAUAUACGGCUAUGAAUUUUUAUUUGAAACCUAUCUCUACCACGCCACAAGGAAAGAUACUAAACAUAAUUUCUCUAUACUAUUCUAUUAUUCGUAUCUGACCAAAGACAAUUUAUCGUUUGAUUUAGUAAAACUUCUGCUUUUAUUUUGUUUGGUUGUCGUAUUGUUCGUCGUCAGUAUGACUUUCGGCGUUAAUUCCGAGACUCUGCCGUUUGCUUUGUUUGCUGAGACGUUUCUUUUAGUGGCAUUCAAUAGCGUGAUGACGUCACAAUAUUUUAUUUGGUUUUUGUCCUUACUACCCUUAGUAGCCCACAGUUUCGAAAUGACAGCUUCCAAAGCGGUUGUUCUAUUUGCUCUAUGGUUAGGUACACAAGGCGCUUGGCUUGUCUAUGGCUAUAUCUUGGAGUUUCUGAACAGAGAUGUUUUUCUGCAUAUUUGGCUGAAAAGUAUGAUUUUCUUUAUCUCCAACGUAUUCAUUUUCUCGCAGCUCUUAGAAACUUAUAAACCCCGUUUUGGUUUCGGGUAUAUUGACAGAGUAGACAAAAAUAAAUAACUCGUAGAGUUUAUAUGUAUUUAGUAAUUUAAAAUGUAGUUAUUAGAUAUUGGAAAUUAAAUAAAAAUAAUAUAUG